AUGGCGUCUGACGACAAGGCUCCCAUGGCUAUGGCCGCUGAUGACGGAGUCGAUAUGCAUAGGGCUGUCAAUGGCGAAGUCGCUACGCCCGCUGCGCCUGAGAUGGGCGAAGAUCACGUGUCUGUUGAAUAUGCGAGCCAAUCUCCGAGUAAUUCAGUCUCCCACGGCCAGAUCGAUGGGAACACGGAUGCCGUCUGGAAGCGCUACGUUGCAGAGCCACAGACACCGGACUACGCGAAGGCCCAAGGCAUGGCAAAGCUGAGAGAGGUCCUUAACGACCCGGACGGAAAGAUUGCCGACCACAUCAGGAAGAUCAAUGGGUUCAACAAUCAGCUUGCCUCGAACGAGAAAUGCAAGAAAGUUGGAAAACUUCUUACCGGGGACCCUGAGACACCAAUAACGGACGACACAGUGCCGUUUAUCUUGGCGGUUUGGUGCAUGCUUGGUGGCAACAUACCAAGCAUGUGGCCGAAGCGACGAAAGACGAAGACAUCUCAACAGGUCCAAGAAACCGAAGACUCAGUCUCAUCCAAUGAAGAAGAUGACACGGAACAGGCCACGAAGAAACCGAAGCGCAAGGCAUCUCCCGGAAAAGGCUCGGCAUCAUCUAUUAGCAAACUACCCGCAGCGAAGCGACGAAAGACGAAGACAUCUCAAAAGGUCCAAGAAACCGAAGACUCAGUCUUAUCCAGGGAAUGCAAUGAAGAAGACCCUGUCGAUGAUGACGAGACAAGUGAGGAUGAAUCGCUAGAAUGCUGGGACAAUGAGAGGGCUGAAGAACCAAGUUACGACGCCGAUGCGACAUGGCGUGACAAUGCGCCUCCUGAUGCGGAAGGACCAAGAGCACGCUACAGUUUACGGGACAUCGAAUACUUCGUUAAAGAAGUCUCAACCAGGCCGACAACCACAAAGGAAAGGCAACGCCAAAUUCAAGACUGGAACGACCUCGUGCUCAAGGCCCACGGAUACAUCGACAACAGCACCGAUCCAAAGACCAUUCAGGAGGUCAAGAACUUGGUUCAUGCCGCGGGCCAACAUAUCCCAUCGCCGAAUGACGAAGACCCCUUGCUAGACGCUCUUGAGCAUUUCUCUGGGCAGGGUGGAAAUACCCUCGCAAUGCUUGCCCAGUCAAUGGGUGAAAUUGGCUUGUCAUCAAUGCCGAGUAAUUCUGCGUCAUCUGAUUCGCCUUCUUUUCCAACUGUGCCUUCACGACAAACUAUCAAAGCCAUGAACGAGAAAAGCAGAUCCAUGCAAAGCAAGUCGCAGAGCAGGAACGAAGAGACAGAGAUGUUGCGGGCCGAGAGGUACAAGCUCCAAUUGCAGAAGACGAACGAAGAGCUGUCAAAGCGUCUUCAAGAGAUUGAGACUACGAAUCAACUGGUGAAAGAAAAAGAGGCUCUCAUCACAGAACUCACGAGCCAGAACAACGAUGACGUGCUCUCGGAUCGUUCAAGGGCCCAAAUCGUGUAUGAGAACCAAAAACUCAAAACUGAGGUUGAAGAGCUCCAGAGGGACAAGAAAACAUUACUCGAUUGCAGUAGAAUCGUUACGAGGGAACUGGGUGUUCACAAAGCAGCCCUGGCUCAUUCAUCUGGAAUCGGCGCGAACAUGAACGACAUCCUCCGAGAAUACACUGCCCAAGAUGACAGACUCUUGAGUCUGGAAAAGCAAAAUAUCCAAUACAGAUCAAAAAUCGACCAACUCGAGAAUGAGCUCACCGCCGCUGCCGCCCAAAACCGAAAAGCCAACGUCAAGAUCAGGGCAUUUGAAUUAGAGGACAAGGUUCGAAAGGCCGCUGGAGAUGACAGGGGACAACUCGCGAGAAAAAUCGGGGAACUCCAACAAGUUUUGACCGAAAAUGACCAAUUCGCGACGCUGGUCAGAAACACUCAAGUCAAAGACGUCUUGUCUAUCUCGAGCAAAUAUGACGAUGGAAAUUCGAUGUCGAUCGGGCCCAUCAUUGAGAAACUGUACGAGAAUAAUGACCGGACAACCUCGGAGUCUGAGGACAGUGAAGAAACCUUUGGCCAACAUGAUGGCGUGAACGAAGGAACGCUUGCAGUCAUGAAUGACGAGACCGGCGAGAAUGUCGUCGAGUCUGCGGGCCUCGGAGAGAAUGAAGAUCAAAAGAACGGUGAGGGCGAGAAUUGA